AUGUUACAUGAACUAGUUUAACUAAUUGUUUAAAAUAAAAUAGAGGAAAUAUAUGGUUCUAAAAAUAUAAGAUUUCUGUCAGAAAAAGACGUUGACUAGACUUCUAACAAUAAAUAACCCAUUAAAUCAGAAUAGAAUUAAGAUUAUAAUGACGGCUAUCUUGUAAUUAUACUAUUAAUUUGUCUCUUUUUGCUCAUCUGUGUUUGUGGAACAAUCAUAGAAGUUAGCAGAAGAAAGAAAGUUAAAAAAGAAAUUAAAUAGAAAUUAUUAUAAGAAACACCUCAUUCACUAUAAUCCAACAUCAAAAUACUAAAUAGUAUCUAAGUUUAGUUUUAAUAUUCUUUAUGGAAGUUAACCAGCUUCAAUUUUAAGAAUUAAUCUACUCAAAAAAUACUAAGAUUCUAGCCAAUUUUUAUAUCUCAUAAUAAACUUGAGCUUUAAAUUAAAUUGGAAUAAGAUCAUUAUCCUUGGUCAGCUGAAGGACAUAUAUUUACAAACUCAGAAUCAGAAAUAUAAAUUUAUUUGAGAACAAGCCUUGAUUGUGAAUUAUUAGAAAAGAAUGAUAGAAGUGAUCAUUUAUAUUUACUACAAUAAUUUAAAGGAAAAUACAACAAUGAGGGAAAUAAAUUUGUUGGUUCAUGGAGUGUCUAUGGAAGUUAAGAACUUAAUAAUUUAAAUUUUUUUGGAGAAUUCGAAUUAUUAAAAAUACUUUUUUGA